CAGAUUUGUCCACCUUGCUGGCGCUCGCUGGCUCCUAGCAUGGGCGCUGCGUGCAGCUGCUCGUCCCGGCAGGAGGGGUCGUCCGACGACACGCCGACGCCCUCGCCGCCGCUAUCCACCGCCAUAGCCUCCCCGGCUGAGCCGGUGCCGUCGGAGCACGAGACGGUGCACGAGGCGCAGCCAGACGUCGAGAGCGCCGAGGGCCACGGAGAGACUGCGUCCAGCGCUUCCGCGGCAGAGGCUGCGGAGCCCGCGACCGACGUGAUGACGGCGCGCGGGAUGGUGCCAGCGGCAGCCGCGCCCGAGCCUGCAUGCGCUGCUGCGCCUGAGCCGCCGCCCGAGCCGCCGACGGUCCUGGAAUGGUUGCAGAGCUUCCGCGCCCUGAACUGCAUACCAGGGUUCGCGACGCCCGCGCCCUGCUUGGAUCGGUGCUCGAAGCGCGACUCGGGCGCCGCCACGGACGCCGCUGCAGCCGAGCGGGAUCUUCCAGCAGAGACUGCCCCGCCGCCGGCCGCGCCAGCGGCUGCUCCCUGCGAAGGAACGGGCGAGCCGGUCCUCGUCCUGCCUCCGAGGGAGGAGCAGCUGCUGAGCACUCGGUCCGAGUCGGAGAGGGAGUCGCCGCCCGGCGCGCGGCGAAGCGAGGUGUCGCCCUCGUGCCGCGCGUCGCAGCACAAGGGGUCGGACCGGCAGUCGAGGCGCGUGGCCGGAGACAAGAGCACAGCGCACAGCAGCAGCAGCGGCGGAGGGAAGAAGGGGCGGCGGCGGUUGAGCGGCGUCCAGGCCACGCGCGAUCCGACGGAGCCGCCGAAGCGAAGCGACCUCCUCGCCGAAGAGAAGGUCAAGGGCUUCGUCCCGCGCGAAGAGUGGCUCCCCUUCUCCGAGCCGGAGCUGCAGGUCCUCGCCACUGUCCGCCGCUGGCUCGGCGCCGCCCGCUUCGACGCGGUCCCGCUCGACUUGCUCGUCUGCUUCGUGCGCGGGUACGCGUACCGCAAGGACUGGGCGGAGACGGUCUACGUCGAGCUCUCCGAGGCCCUCGAGUGGCGCGAGAGGGCGAGCGCAGACUCGGUGCUCGACUCCCCUCCCGCGGACCGCCCGCUCUUCGAGCAGCUCUACCAGAGCGGGCCGGUCGGGCGAGACAAGCAGGGGCACAUCGUCGAGCUGAUGCGGCUCGGCCGGCUCAAGGUAUCCAAGCUCUUCAAGAGCUUCGAGCUCGACGCGAUCAUCACGCAGGCGCCUGGGAGGAGGAGAGGCGUGAUCAGAGGAGAGGCAGUCACCUACGCCGCCGAGGCGAAGCGCGCGUGCAACAUCGCAAACUGCGGCGCGCUGGGCAAGCGGACGUACAAGACGGUGGUCGUGAUCGACUGCGCAGGCAGCCUCAACUCGGACCACCUGACGAAGGAAUUCCGCGUGCUGCUCAAGAAGACGGCCGAGGUGCUGUCCGGACACUACCCGGAGACGAUGCACAAGACGUACAUCAUCAACGGUCCGCUCAUCGUGCGCGCCGCGUGGAACGUGUCGCGCCACAUGAUGCACCCCAUCUCUGCCGCGAAGUUCUCCAUCCUCGGCUCCGACUGGAAGAAGGUCUUCGACCGGGACGGCGUCGUGCUCGACGGCAACGCGCUCCCCGCAUCCAUCAGCUGGAGCGAGGCUGUCGGCGAGCUCGCCGACGGCGGCGCGGCGAGGCGCCGCGGCUGGGCCCCUCCCGCCGACCUCGCAAACCUCGCGGCCCUCGCGGCCGUCGCGGAGUAGGGCGUGCGCCCUCGCGUUCUUCGCCAGCGCCCCCGCCCGUGCCCUGGAACGACCUUAGCACUCCUAUUGAGAGGCGAUCUCGGCUUCUCCGCUGACGCAUACUGUGCGCGGCCGUCGCGAGAUGAACGAACAUGGACGAUUCGCUGCCAUGCUCCGGGGGCAUGCUCGGUGUGGGGUGGCGGGAUGGGUCUCUCGAAUGUACCGUAAUACGUGGGGCACCUGUGGGGCAGGGCAGGGUCGGUAUACCUGUACCUGUGCAGUGGGGGGAGUCGUGUACGAAAGGACAGCACCGCAUUCCGGCUCGUCUGCACCUGCGACCUGGAGCGCGCUUUGCGUUGGAGUGCGGCGGCGCAACAGUUCUCAGUUGAGUCCCGACGUGCGACGAGAGCUUCAACUUGCUUUUAGAAUGCCUGAGAGCUUCUUCCC